GCGCCAUGACCUAUCCUCCACGCAUGCGUUCUUCGGUACUGGCGGGAUAGGAGACUAUGGCGUGGGUACCCACGGAGUCUGCAGUGGAAGAGCUGAUGCCCCGGCUGUUGCCGGUGGAGCCUUGCGACGUGACCGAAGGUUUCGAUCCCUCGGUACCGCCGAGGACGCCUCAGGAAUAUCUGAGGAUCGAAGCAGCACGGUGUCCAGAUGUUGUGGUAGCUCAAAUUGACCCAAAGAAGUUGAAAAGGAAGCAAAGUGUGAAUGUUUCUCUUUCAGGAUGCCAACCUGCCCCUGAAGGUUAUUCCCCAACACUUCAGUGGCAACAGCAACAAGUGGCCCAGUUUUCAGCUGUUCGACAGAAUGUGAACAAACAUAGAAGUCACUGGAAAUCACAACAGUUGGAUAGUAAUGUGACUAUGCCAAAAUCUGAGGAUGAAGAAGGCUGGAAAAAAUUCUGUCUAGGAGAAAGGUUAUGUGUUGAAGGGGCUGUUGAGCCAACUAUAGAGGAAAGUGCUGGAAUUGAUUAUGUACAAAUUGGAUUUCCUCCCUUGCUGAGUAUUGUUAGCAGAAUGAAUCAGGCAACAGUAACAAGUGUCUUGGAAUAUUUGAGUAAUUGGUUUGGAGAAAAAGACUUUACUCCAGAAUUGGGAAGAUGGUUCUAUGCCUUAUUAGCUUGCCUUGAGAAGCCAUUACUCCCUGAAGCUCACUCACUGAUUCGGCAGCUUGCAAGAAGGUGUUCUGAAGUGAGGCUCUCAGUGGACACCAAAGAUGAUGAGAGGAUUCCUGCUUUGAAUUUAUUAAUCUGCUUGGUUAGCAGGAGCUUGCUGUAUGGUCCAGGCUGCCCUUGCAUUCGCUAUCUAGCCCAUGACGGCCUUAAACUUGAGGUGAUACUUCUGUCUCGGCCUCCCAAGUGCUGGGAUUACAGGUGUCUGCCACCACAUCUGACUUUCUAAAAAAUUAAUAAAUUUUUACUUGAGAAAUUCUACAUGUAAUUCCUUUAUUGUCCAUCAAGGUUACAUUAAUGACAUUCUUUGUCUUCAAGAUAGCCCUGGCAUCAGGGACCCAGGAUUAGGUAGGGUAGAUAGAUCCACCUUGUUGUGACACGCUAAGGUAUCACACCAAGGAAUAGUACAGGUCUCUGACACAUGCCAGUAUCUAAGGUUAAAAGAA